AUGUUCACAGAACUGUUCGCCAAAUACACAUGUACCAACUGCCAGGAAGAUAUAUCGGGGAUCCGCGUGCACUGCGUGGUGUGCACGGACUUCGAACUGUGCCUAGCGUGUUUUGCUGCAGGUGCCGAAAUCGGACCGCAUCGGAAUGAUCACUCGUACCAGUUUAUGGACUCGGGAAUACUUUCCAUUUUCCGUGGCAAAAGCGGCUGGUCGGCACGCGAAGAGCUGCAUCUGCUCGAUGCUAUCGAACAGUACGGUUUCGGUAACUGGGAGGAUAUUAGCAAACACAUCGAAACCCGCACACCAGAGGAAGCAAAGGACGAAUAUGUGUCGAAGUUUCUCAAUGGCACCAUCGGGCGGCAUACAUGGCAAACGGCAGUCGAUCAGCGCCCGAUCCUGACCGACCACACCUCAGACGAUACCGGACCACUCAGUCAGCUGUUGAUACAGAAGCUACCGCCGAUGGAUUGCACGGCCGAGGAAGCGGCCGCCCUGGGCUACAUGCCGAAUCGGGAUGAUUUCGAGCGUGAAUAUGACCCAACGGCGGAACAGCUCGUUUCUACACUGUCGUUACAGCCGGACGAUGAAGAUGUGGACAUGCUGCUGAAGUUAGCCCAGGUGGAUAUCUACACCCGCCGGUUACGCGAACGGGCGCGAAGGAAACGAGUGGUGCGCGAUUAUCAACUGAUAGCCAACUUCUUCCGCGGCAACAUGAAACGUGCGCGACAGACCCGCGACCAGCGUGAAUUCCGUGAACGGUUACGCACUUACUCUCAGUUCUACACGUCGCUGGAGUUUGAGAGGCUGAUAUCGUCACUCGAACGUGAACGGGCGCUGCGGAUUCGUUUGUCCGAGCUGAAUCGUUACCGCUGGAAUGGCAUUCAACGCGUCGAUGAAUGUGUUCACUUCGAGCAGCAUGUUGCUGCGGCGCAGUAUCGCAAUACGGGACCAUAUGGACAUGGACGGACGGACAACCGAAGCAGAGGCGCCUCUGGAGAGAUCGCCAAAGGGGCAUCCUCGGUGUUGGGCAGCGGAAUGGGCCAAACGGGAGCGGCGUCGUCGGUGGGUCAGGUGAAUGCGACCCAAGGGGUACCAUCGACGGUGGGAUCGGGAAGAAGAAGCGAAAACGACGCCCGAAGCUUAAAUUCCAUCGACCGAAAGCCCACGCACCUCACCGAAGACCGGGUUUGCUCCGACGACUCAUACAGCAGCAAAAAUUGCUUGGAUAGCUCACAGCGGGAGGUGGUGACGAGCUCGGGCGGCCUGCAUCAGUCAACGAGCGGCCAGAAGCUCCACCUCCACCCCCAUCAGGCGAGCGGCGGCGCAGGGGUCGGAAACCUGGCAUCCGAACCGGCACAACAGCCCGGCGGCCAGCUGCUGACGUCUAAUGAAAUUCAACUGUGCAGUUCACUGAACAUGCCCGUUACCAGAUAUCUCACGUUAAAAACGGUUCUGCUUAGCCGUCCCGCGCUAGACCAUAACAUUCAUUCGGUGGGGGAAAGCAUCGUGAAAAAGUAUCUGGUCAGCCGCGGUUGGUUACAGACCAGCCCACAAAACUAG